AUGCCACCUUCCACAACGUCAACACCACCCUCAUCAUAUCUCUCACACCUCUCACGCCCACCUCCAGGCGCAGUUCUGCUCCUCUAUCCUGCAACUCUCGUACUCGGCUCCCUCUUCUCCGUCCUCUCCCCGACCGCGCACCAACCAGCCGACCCCGCGACCGCCCAAUCCAGACCAAUAAACUACUUCGCCCGCAAAAACAACAUCUUCAACCUCUACUUCGUCAAAAUCGGCUGGAUCUGGUUCACGCUCGCCUUCGCAUCACUCCUCGUCGCAUACCCUCCCUCAGCGGCACGCGGAAAGCGCCAAGCCCAGGCACUGCUGCGGUACGCGCUCGCAACGGCCGUCUGGUACGCCACCACACAAUGGUUCUUUGGGCCGGCCAUUAUCGAUCGCAGCUUUGUGGUGACCGGUGGGAAAUGCGAGACUGUGCUUGCGGGGCUGCGUGAGAGGAGAGAUGAGAAGGGGGUUCUUGGUGCGACUGCGGACGAGCCGCUUGGGGUUUAUUUGACUGCCGCGGCGUGUAAGGCUGCGGGCGGGUCUUGGAGGGGUGGACAUGAUGUUAGUGGGCAUGUGUUUAUGCUUGUCCUUGUGACGGCAGUGUUGGGGUUUGAAGCGAUGGGGGUUUUGGCGCAGGUAUAUGGUGAAAGUGAAGGUGAAAACUCGGACAAAGUUGAAGGUGAUGCGGCUGAAUCUAGGAGUGGGAAUGGUGUGAGGACUUGGAUCCUGCGGUUUGUGGGUGUGAUUGUUGGCCUUGGGUAUUGGAUGCUGUUGAUGACCGCUAUUUGGUUUCAUACGUGGUUGGAGAAGGCGAAUGGUCUACUUAUUUCACUUGCUGCGAUAUACACCAUCUACAUCCUCCCGCGACGGGCCAUUCCGUGGAGGAACGUGGUUGGCCUGCCAGGCGCAUAG